AUGGGAGUCUCCGCCAGUUUCAUCCCAGAACUGUUUCGCAACUUCAAUAACAACCCCGUCUUUUCGGACAGAUACGAAACUAUGCAUGGGGAGAAACAUGCCCUGGUAUGCGGUAACUUCGAUAACCACAGUUUACGAGCAUUCAUCAAAGGAUUCCUCAACGGAAGUCAUGCUAAAGGACGAGUACAUCUCAAUUUGGUAAUUUUACGACCAAUGCCGAUCGAUCUAGCUCUGAAAGCCAUUCUCAGCCACUUCCAUGCGUGGGUGCGUUACUUUGUCGGAUCGCCUAAUAACCCUCGCGACUUGGCUCGGACGAAGAUGAAAGAUGCGCGGGCCGCCAUUGUUCUCGCCACACCGAAUUCCACUGAUCGCGAUGCGGAAGACGGAGCCAAUAUAAUGCAAGCAAUCGCCUUGAAGUCACAGAAGAAAACGCUCCGGGUUGUGCUUCAGCUGCACAAUUUCAGAAACAAGUGUCUUAUCAACAACUUCCCGAGGUGGGCGUAUCUGGCGAACGAUGUGGUUGUGUGUAUGGAAGAAUUGAAAUUCGGUCUAAUGGCAUACAACUGUAUGGCCCCUGGCUUUGCUACUCUCAUUCUCAACUUGUUAAAUAUUCAUGGAGCCAAAAAGAUAUCUUCGAGACCUCUUGAGCCAUGGCGCGAGGAGUAUGAAUAUGGAUUUCGCAUGGAACUGCACGAUGUGGGAAUAAGUCACGAAUUCGACAAUAUCAGCAUGCGUGAUUUAUCCACUUUCACAUACGAAAAAUGGAACAUUAUUAUCCUAGCAGUGCGAUGUUUUGAACCUCCUCAAAUGGUCAUCAACCCGACGAAUAUGCAAUAUGUGAUCCAGGGGAACAAGAUGCGGGCCAUUGUGAUUGCAAAGGACUACACGGAGGCACUACGACUGCAAUGGUACUGCACCACCUGCCUAGCCCAUGAAUCCGUCGAACGGUGCCAGUGUACCAAGCCACGCAGUAGCCGACGUCAGAAAGUGACAAUUGCCAAAGAUUUGGCGCUGUAUCAGCAGAUUGAUCAAUCUAGGCGACGAGAUUUCACCAGCGAAUUUCUGGCCAUAUUCGAAGAUGCACGAGCCAGAGCCGGACCUCUGACCUCCUUUCGGCACUCGAUAGAUGUGAUGUUUCCAUUGUCAUUGGGAAGUAAGAGCAUUUCUGGAGCUGGCAACGGUGGAAUUCCGCCACCUUAUAACACGCAGCACAGCAAUCCGGAAACCACAACUGCUCACAGAAAACACGCCAGUAUUGACUUAGUCGCACCCACUGCAGGAUAUAGAUCUGAUACUGCAACCAUUGAUCGAACUGGGUCCUUUCAUUGGGUCAGUGAUAUACCACUGACGAAAGCUACGCUCACUCCAAACCGUGCGACCGAAUAUGAUUUCAGACGACACUUUCUUGUUUGUGUCGUCGGAACUCCGUCUGGCAGGCCUUUGAAUUUGGAAAACUUCAUUCUACCGUUCCGCUUUCACUGGCAACCUGUACAAGACAUUGUCAUCUUGGGAGAUAGCCAUCUGAUCGGUCCGAACGAGUGGACCAAAUUGAAAAAUUUGCCUCGUAUAUUUAUUGUACACGGUGAUCCAUGCAGCUUCACCGACUUACACGCAGUGCAGUUAUGCCGUUCGAACGCAUGUGUAAUAUUGGGCGAUUCCGGAGGUGACUCAAGUCCUUGCACCACAGACCAAUGCCUACAAGACCGAAAAACCCUGCUGUGCGCUAUGAAUAUUCGGUCGUUGCUACAGCGAGAGUUCCAAAUCGUUCAUCUUACAACUGAACUACGUUAUGAAAAGAACGCGCACCUGUUCAGUUCGAUAGACACACAGCAAAACGACUACAAACUACCAGUCUGGUUCAACGAGCCUUUCGCGCGAGGACUCAUCUUCAGCAACUCGCUUCUGUACAGCUGUCUCAGUUCGUUGUUUUAUAACGACGACGUGUUCCACUUCCUCCGCGUGCUCAUUUCUGGUCAAGCAGCGGAUGAAAUCGAGGCACUGUUCGCUGUCGGUAAUGGCUUACAACCGGCAUUGGAGAAUCAGAAAAGUCGGAUGACCGGCGUGAACGUUUCGUUACGUGGGUUUAAUCAACCACCGUUCAGUUUUAUGGCGAGUGAACGGAGAAGGAAACCCCUCACGUUUGGUGAGAUAUUUCUACGCUGCCUGACUUGCUGGGAAAUCCUGUGCCUCGGGCUUUACCGACUUGACAGUCGUGGAUUCCGCUACGUCCUAACCAACCCUCAACCGAACACAGUCCUAUUCUCCCAAGACAUGUUCUACUGCUUCAUGUCAGCCAGCCAGCGAGACACUCCAGGUGCCUGGAAAUUUGGGGAAACACCUCGGGCCAACGUACGAGUGCCAACCUCGUAA